AUGAUAGGUGAAGAAAAUGCAGAGAGCAUUGACGAAAUCCCGAAGAAUGAGCAACAAACCACUCCUGUCCUUCUACCAGUUUCGACUCGUCCUCGAGACUUGCUUUCCGUCGCGUCCGAAGCAGUGGUCGACAUCUUCAGGAAGGCGAAUCGACCUGCGUCUUCGCUCAUUCUCUUCACCGAUGGGUCGACUUCUUCUAGCGCCCUCUAUCAGCUACGAGAUGCAGACUGGAAACCUCUUCUCAACCAAAGCCGUUUCUCAGACGUAAUCGGAUUGGCUCGUAAGGUGCGUCUCUCCUCCCGCACUGUUUCGGUCAUCGUCGUAAGUGAAGACCUGACUUUCCUGACCUCGUUCGCCGAGAGGUCACUGCAAGGUCGUCUGUUCGUGUGGACGACGAGGCUCCUACUUGUGACCCGAGUCGCGCUGAAUGAUCUUCGAGACGUCUUGAGUUCCCGCUGGACGUUUUCUAUGAUGAACACCAUUGCGCUUAACGUCGAAGAAAACGGGAGAUCGAGCUUAUACGCUCACAUACCCUACAGUCAAGAGGGUUCUCAGUGCUACAAACUGGGCUCUUGGUCUCGAAAAUUUCGCCUUUUCCUUCGCUCCCCUUUCGAAAUCUUCACUGAAAAGUAUGAGAAUUUCCACGGCGGGUACGUCAACAUCACAUCUGGUGUUUGGUCGCCGUUUUGGGACGAGAAGGAGGUCACGGCAGCUGACGGGUCAAAGGUCAAGGAAUAUAGUGGCAGCGACUUCAUGGCACUGGACACCAUAGCGAAGGCACUCAAUUUCCGCAUUCGACAAGUUCCCACGAAGGAUUUCGUCGAGGUAACGCGAAGAGUAGAGGAGAGAGUGUCAUUCAUAGCUUCCAUUUACUACGUCGUGCUGGUGAAUCGCCUCGAACGCCACGACUUCACCUACACUUACCAGUUUUCUUACGAGAGCUUCUGCCUCGCUAAGCCCGGUCUGAGGCCACAGUGGGAGAGCCUGUACUACCCUCUGACUCACCAAGUUUGGGCUGGGACGGUGACUGUGCUUGUCGUUGUGCCCCUGGUGUUGGUUGUGGUGAGUGUGGUAGAGCUUGGUUUCGACCCGCAUAUAACAACAAACAAACCAACUAAAAUAACUAUCCCAACGCAGAUGGCCCACCUUAGAGGUCGGUGGGACGCCGUCAGGACGUCAGACAUCUGUAAGCUUUUCCUCGAAGUGUUCAAAACGUUCGUGGGUCAAAAUCUAACGCAGUCUGCCUUCAAAGCGACCUCGUCUCGUCUUGUGGUCACGGCUUGGCUCGUUUUCUCUUUCGUCAUCGGGGUGGCUUACAGGGGUAACUUAACUGCUUCUCUCACUCUCCCUGUGUACCCUCCCAGGCCUGAAACAGUGGCUGAUCUUGUAGAAACUGUGGAAAGGUGA